CAGCUUUUCAACAGUAUUCGGCUUUCUUGGAAUAUCGUCGGUUGUGAUUCAACGAAAAGCCCGGCCCCUGUCGGAGCCUAAAAAAAUUCAUAAUCGUUCUGCAUUGAAGUACAUCCACAUCGUACCUGCGCGCUGGCAAGCUACAGAAUAAAAUCGGUCCUCCGUCCAAAUUGUCUGCAUGUAGUAGAGCAAAACGUCCACUGUACUAAGGAUAACUCGUCUUCUGUUCGUCCUCGAAUCUCGUAUUCAUUUUCAUUAAAUCGGUCGUCGUGACCUUCACAACCUUUGAUGUUCUUCGCGUUUAUACCAGCUACAGGCCCUUUCCACUUAGACUUAACCUUAUCCUACUUACUUCCCCCUGCGUACUUACGUAAAGGUAAUUUCACUUAGCCGUACCCCGGCUUCAUGAAGGUUGACGUUGAUAGUAUGAUCGUUUCGCAAAUUUUUCUCAUUGCUGUAAUGUCAUUAACCCUCAUGUUGACCCACAAUCACAAAGAAUUUUCCUCGAGUUCUACAGAUACCUAAGCUCCUCUUUCAGCGCAACUGCGCUUUCUACUUGAUCCUCACUUGUUGUUGUCCAACUUCACGCUCACCCCCCCUGUUUGCCCCGUAUUAAUUUCAUUAAAAUGGACGGCCUUUUAAAAACCAUGAAUGUGUCGGCGAAAAAGAAGAUCGCGCCCGCCGGCACAAACAACGACGAAAAGGGCGACGAAUUGUCCGAAAUGGCAAAAAUUCAGAGCAUGAUGAAUCGACUAGGAGAGAUCCAGCAGGAACGGGCAGGAGCAAAUGCACCGGAGGAGAAGCUUACCCUCAAUAUGCCGACAUUACUUCCUCAGAAGAAAAAUAAAGACCACAAAGCUUCUUCCUCCACCAAGCCUAGCAAGUUCGAAUCCGUGGACGCGACCUUGGAUGCGCAACAGGCGUUAAGGAAUCUGCGCACAACCACGACUAAUUUAUUCGACACCGAGAACAAAGAGGUUUUGCUGGACGAAAAUGGCAACCCGAUGGAAUCGUCAGGAAAAGCCAGGUCCCGCUGGUUGAAGAUUAAAAUGGGGGUGAAAGUUGCCUCCACCUUCAAGGGCGAUUUAGCCGAGCAAGAGAAGCGCGCGGACCGGAUUAAAAUGGCGGAAUUGGAACGGGACAUCAUCUAUGCAUUGCAAAUAUGUCUGAGUCUGGCAAGUUGUGAUGCUAAUGACCGCAUGAUGCGCAACCUGUAUUGCGUGGGCGCGCAUGACAAGUUUUGGAGCGGCUAUGUCUAGCGUUAAUCGCAUGAGAAAUCGCCUUUUUGCAUGACAAACAAGUGACGCUGUAGCACAAGAAGCAUGCCAGCCUUUUCUGUCUUGUCGGCCAAGCAUGACAAACUUACCUUCUUCCAGACGCACACAUAUUUGCACUUGAUAUCAUGAAAAAGGACGAGGAGUUGUUCAACGCGAGGUUGUAUCCUGUGCAAAAGUAUCGUACUCGUAUAAAUGCAAGUCUUGCAUCACAAAUUUUUGUCUGAAGGCUAAUCAGCAUUACAAAUUUUAUUUUUCAUGCUGAGGAAAUUUGUAAUGCAUUUAUACGAGUACGAUACUUUUGCAGUUCAUAGGUUGGAGUUGAAGGAAAAAAUCGCGUUUUUUGAUAAGGAACGGAUGGCCACCCACACAUUAGUGUCGAACGCGGUCGAAAGGUACCGGGAAGCGGAACUGCAAGCCAAGCAGACGCGGGACCUGCUGAAGCAGUCGAUUCGCGACCACGAACAGAUGCAAGAAGAGUACGAGCUGCUGGAAAAGCAGAAGGCGGCUUUGGAAGCGAAAGUGAAGAUGUAUUUCGACGUGAUGGAGCAACAGAAAUUAAAAAUCCGGGAGUUAUCUGUCGCUGUCGACCCCUUGACAGAAAAAAUCGAAGAGAUGGAAAGGGAAGCGACGAAAAUGGAGAACCGCAUCAAGGAGGACAUGGAAGAACCCAAGGACGUCUCAAAAUUAGACCGUAUCCUGAGUAAAAACGUCCCCACCCCAGAGUUGUCAUGCAAAUGCGCAAUGACAGGAACAUCUGUAAUGCGCAGCUCCAUGAGAGCAGGCAUUUCCAGUCGUGUUUUGGAAUUUGUAAUGCUGCGAAAAGGGUGA